AUGAAUGCAUGCGCAGCUACCGUCAAUAUGCGAACUACUAUGUCUGAUUGUUUACACAAAUACCUCGGGCUCAAGGAACGAAAGGUAAAGAGCCGCAGUAACAGUUGCACCGUGGCGGACACCGUGACGCGAUGGCGCAAGGCCACCUUCGAGACGUUAUGCAACAGUGGCGACGUAGACAAGGUCGUUCGAAAACCGCACCGUGCUUUGAUGUAUGGACAACACGACACGGACACUGGUGGUAUCGAACUACCUUUUCGCUCGCAACAAAGGAUUUCGAAAAUAAUCGCACUGCGUGAGUUUUGUAGUCGUCGCGAAGCAGAACGACUAAUUUCAAGGAGCCAAGUUGUUGUCAACGGCGUUCUUAUCCACCAAGGCUCCAAAGCUGAAUGUGACUCAGAGAUUCAAUUGGCGGAAAUCGGCGAUCAAGUUUGGUUUCAAUCCAAAUCUACAGUUGCAUUGAACAAACCUCGGGGAUACGUCAGUAAUCUUCCUUCACACGGCGAGGUUGAGGCUUGUUCUCUUCUCAUCACCACAACAGGUUCACAUAUUCACAGUUCUAAGUGGUCAAGUAGAACUGAGAAUGAUAAUGGUCAGUUGAAUGUAUGCGGGCGUCUAGACAAGAAUUCCCGAGGCUUGCUCGUCCUUUCUCAAGAUGGAGUCUUAGCCAGAGAAGUCAUCGCUGGUGUUUUUGUUUCGAAGACGUAUUUAGUUGAAGUGGACAAGAUGGUGACACAAAACGAUCUCGACCGUCUCAAUGGUCCAUGUAAAUUCCUGACCGAUGUUAUCAGGCCGAUUCGUGUUAGGCUUUUGGCCCCAACGCUUCUCGAGUUUGUUUUGAGAGAAGGAAAGAACAGACAGAUUCGCCGCAUGUGUGAACAAAUGGGACUGAUCGUUGUUGAUCUCUUCAGAGUAAGGCUGGGAAAAAGUGAGCUAGGGAGUCUCCCAGAGGGUAGUUGGAGGACGAUGCCAACAGUUGAGGGAAACGCGUUCAAAAAUCCUUGA